AUGAGUAGGACCCCUGCAGCGUUACUGUAUAUGACCAUAUACAACCCCUCACUCCGUCCAGUUGGCCCCGUAUCACCAGACGAUGAGGAUGCUGAGGAACAGGCACAUAUCUUAUUCUACACCUCAAGAGAGCGUGCUGUUUCUCGUGACCGGAUGCUCAGGCAAGUCGGAUUGGCCAAGGCGCUAGUUAACUUCUCCGAAAUAUUCAGUUCGACAGACUCGUGUCAGAAUGUGCACUCUCAAUCAAAGAGAAUGGUCAUGGUAAACCCAGAACCAGACUUUUGGAUACAUGCAGCCGUCGAGUUAGCUCGAACUCCUCGUAAGCCAGUGGUAAAUGUCAAGAACAAGGGGAAGGAGAAGGAGAAAGGAAAGGAGAAACAGAAGGCAGAAGCACAAGAGCAUCAGAUAUAUGAUUAUCACGACGGUUCCCUCCACGACCUUGUUCUGCGAGGACACAUCCUACGCGGAUACGAACUCUUCAAGCUUACGCAUGGUUCUUUCACAUCAAUAUUAUCGUCUUUGGGGCAGGAAGCACUGGAGUUGCAACUUGAAAGGUUCUUUACUAUGUGGGCAUGGUCUUGGAAUUUGGAAGAAGGCUAUGAUUUAUCGACAGACCUUGGACUCCCCUUGCAUCCAUUGCAUCGAUCUUUCUUACCACUUGUUGACACUUUUUCUUCUCAGUUACCCGAUCACAUCGUCCCACUCAUUCUGUGUCCACCAUACUUGGCCCCUUCGAGUCGAUUUACGCAUUCAAACUUCCCUGAAGCGCUUUCCCGACAUCUCCUGUCUCUUGUUCCACCCCUACCACCGAAAUCAAUUAUCGACACAGGCUCUGAAGCACUACCACCUGGCGAUGCUGGCCACGUCCCUGCGGCCAAUCUCCAAAAAAAUCCUCAUCGCGAAGCAUACACUAGUAGUGCUUUCCUUGGCAUGCCGUCUGUGAAUUUAAAUUUAAAUAUGGAUGUGCGGAAAUGGAGUUGGCCUUUUAGUAAGGCUUCAAAGAAGCCUCUCGAAGUCGACUUGGAAGUGAAGGAUAAUGUUGAGAAGAGUGACAACCCUAGAAUGGAUCAUUCAAGCGCUGGCGUGGACACCAGUGCGUUGCAAGAUGCAAUGUCUUCUGACAGCAUCCAUCUACCCCUCAAGGUUAAACAUGACCCAAUGGAGGGUGCUAGUGUAGUCCCCAUAGAGUGUCAAGAGGUUUCGUCAGAGAAACCUAUCGAUCUACCAGCUUCUGCUCAGGACUACGUGGGCCUUCAUGAAGAUUAUCAACACCAAAUAGCCGCAUCAGAUUCUUUCAAUGAAGUCGAAUCACGGAGGACGUCACAGAUAUCGACUUACUUUGACGACGACCAUCCCGAGUCUAAUGAUCCUGCUCUCUGCUCGCCCGAGUCUCAGGCGUCUACAAUUGGUGCUCGUAAUUCAGAUUCUGCAAAUCUCGCCCUUCUCGAACCAGCCCCUGAAUUUCUAACUACGUCUAUUUGCCUUGUAGACAGUCCGAAUUCCUCGAUCACUCAUAGAAGAGAGGUGGCCUAUUUGAGAAGUGAUGAUUUUAUCGUUGCUCUCAUAAACAGUGGCUCGAGUAGCCAGGAGCUGCCUAACUUAGAUGGUAUUGGGAAAGAGGCCUCAGCCCUACUCAUCGACAUACAGAACGUUGUCGAUGAAGAUAUUACGACCCGAGGGUCAGAUUCACUGCCAUCGGCCUCAAAAAUAUUGCAACCGAAGGAUAAACACUUGGUUAGGUCGGGGAAAUUCUUCACUGCAAGCCCCGGCUUUGAACUCAGAUCGCACCAUCUGUAUCAUGCUGGUCAACUACUAGAAAAAGACACCGAGAUAUCGGAAGUAUUUUCGAGAGGUCAAAAUCCUCAGCAUUGGCAUGUUAUUAGAGGUAUCUAUUCUGAGGAGACAUCAACAAGAGACGAAGAGAUUUACCUUGAGGUGUCGCGGAAGGAGGCCAGCCUGGCUGACGUUGAUAAUGUUCUACAGAAGAUAGCUAGACUAGAACGGUAG